ACAUUAGCGGUUCAAGUGAGACCUCUUUGGAAAGUUUUUGUUUAUUGCAAUAGUUCACUUUAUUCAAUAUGCCAAAGCCUAACGUCUCUUCCCCAACUGAACACUCCUCCAGUAAAGGAAAAUAUACCUCUUUCAACUUGAAUUCCCUUCUGCCCAAACAGAAGCCUCACACUGAAGCAAGUGUAAAAGGCGUCGGAAACUCAAGAAUGCAAGUCUUGGGGAAGUCUUCUGUACUCUCUAGAGCAGCACCUAAAGUUCCACUGCCGUUUAACCUGCCAAGCUUGAGAAAAGAAUCUGCUGUGGAAGCCACUUCGGAAACGGAAUAUAAGGAUGGAAAGGACUCCAGCCCACAAAAAGUGGAAACAUCCAGACAAGAACAACCAAACUCUUAUGCAACAGUUGCUGCGAGUAGGAUGAAAUCCCAUAGCAUUAGAUAUUCACCAACAAUGAGUGGGAGAGCCUUUUUGGAUACUGAUGAACACUUCAGAGAUUCUCAAGAUAACAAUCGGGUGUUGCAAUCUUCACAAUUGGAUUCACAGAGGAUUGAUUUGCAUGCAGAUUCACAACAGAAGAAUUUCCCGAUUCUAAGUCACAGUUCGAAGUUGUCUGCCAGAGUUUCUAUUUCACGAAAUGAUGCAGAAGAAGCUUUAGGAGUGCGACUAGCGCAAGGAAACUUGGAUGAAUUGAAGUCGGAAAAGUCUCCACAGAAUGAACCGCAAGACGUUCGCAGCAAUAGUAGAACGAAUGAGCGGGUCUCUUAUUCAACAGAAAACGAGAUUUUCUCAGAAUCAGAAAUAGAAAGGGAACAAGGAAGUUCGCUUAAAGAUAAAAGGCGAGUAAUAUUAAGAAGACAAGAGGAGACCAAAGUUUCCACAGGACAAGAAGAACAAAGUUGGAAAACGGAGAGAGAUGGAGAUUUUGCUGUGGAGUAUGGAAUAUCCUACAAUGAAGGUGAGCCUCUAUAUGAGUCAGACACUAUUACGUAUGGAAAUCGUGAAAUGGCCGGACCAAGUUUGAACUCGGGCUUUUUAUCAGAUAGCAAUAUGACUUCAGGAAGAGAAGUCCAGAGAAAUGAUUCUAUAGCAGAUAAUGAAGCCAGUCGAGUGUCUCUCCCAAAUUACCUGCGAGAGAGACCAUCUCAAGCUUCCAAGGCUCGCUAUUCAUCGUCGAGAAAAGGAAUGAGUGGCAGAUACAAACAUACUUCAAGUUCAAAGCUUAAAGGGCAUCGUCGAGGAAUAUUUCCUGAGAAUCUUGGUCAGAGGACUUGGAGAGUGGUUUCAGAUCAACGGACACAAAUGAUGGAAUCAAAGCGGAAAGAAUAUGUUGCCAGCGACUCAUUUCGUAAGGAAGGACGAUUUCGCGAAGAAAAGACUCAGGUAUAUCAGGAUAGUUUACCUCGUUGGUCAGAAAAAUCUUCCAGUUUUGUGCCUAAAGCCACAUCUCAGAGUAAAGAGGCUUUCAGUAGUUCGAACGACGGAAAUUUAUCAGAGAUAAAUAAUAUUGAAGAACUCUUUGAAGAUGUGUCUCUUCAAGAAACGCCUGUACAUCCUCAGGAGCAGGAAAUCAACGUGGAUUUAGUUUCUUUAUCAACGGAAGGGACUCAAAGGGAAUAUCGUAGCAAUGAGGGAAAUAGGAAAGCUGAAGAUGAAAUGAAUGUUUCGUCUUUUUUAACAUUUGGUUCAUUAUUGUCAGAUUUGAAUGCGUUGAGUGAUUCUUCGGAUUGGAAUAGUCCAAUAUUUGAUUUUCAAAGUUCGACCGACAAAGUCCUAUCUGAUGAUCUGUGGGGUCAAGUCAACGGUGCUUUAAGGUCUAUUCAGUCUGACUCCAACUUUGGAGUUGACAGAACUUCCAGUAUUCCAAUCUCCAAGCAGAAACUUCAUCAGAAAUUUAGUCGAAAGAGGUCUAUUCAAAAUGGAAGAAUUCAUAGAAAGAAAGUAUUUCCAACAGAACGCGAUAUUUCAAGUAAAUCGAAGAAGAGCAGCAAAGUGUGGAUGGCAAAGGAGUCCACUUCCCCUUUUCUCGACAAACAACAAACUGAACGGCAUGAAGGGAAAACUGAAUCGCUUAGUGUUGGAGAAGUUGAGCAACUCACAUUUAUCGAUGCAGCUGGCAAGAGUCAAAGUUUGACUUCAUUCACAACUAUGAAACACAACAACAAAGUAUCUCCGAAAUGGAGGAAGAUGGACUCUCCUUUUGCACAUCCGAGAGCAACAAGAAGUAGUCGUGCACCCAAGGAAUGGGUUGCAAAGCAUCCUAAAAAUGUUGAUCAACAACAUUUAGGCGCGAGUACAGUUGUGUCACCGCAGAGUCAAGAAGAGCCAGAUAAGAGCACAUCUAUAUCUGCCACGCCGAGACGUAAAUGGCAUUCAAAUUCAGUGAUGCGAAAGAGUUCAGGUAAUGCCAGUGGAAGGAUAAAGUCACAAGAGGUGUCCAACCAGGGAAAUAAUCCUAUUAGGUGGAGAAAAGUGACUGAAAAAAGAACAUCAGAUGAGACUACAAACUUGGAUAGACAAGAAGUGCGAUUGUUUUCUUUGAAUGGCUAUCGACCGCAUUCAUCGAAGACAUGGAGUAGAGGGAGAUCACGGAGUGUACAGUAUGUUCCUAAGAAUGCGUAAUUGGAAAGUUCUCAUCAACCUAGUUUUUAGUAGAAAUGUUUAGUUACUGAAAUAUUUGGUUAUUACGAAGCCCCAUACUACCAAUCCUUUUAGGGAAUCUUUGCAUCAUCGCAAAUUAUUUUAUCUAUGUAGAGUUCUGUUUUUGGUAAGAAUAGAAUGUGUAAUAAAAUUGGUUCACAAGUAUACGUGAAUGGGAGAAUACUAUAGGAAACCUUACAGAUAUUGAGCAAGUUUUUAGAAAUUGUUUCGGGUCUCUUAUCUUAAGGCAUAUUUUGAUUUUGA